GGGUGCAGGCAUGUAGCGGCGGAGAGAGGAGAGAAGCGGAGCGGAGCGCAGUGUGCAGAGGGAGGAUGUCUGUGCAGUUCGGGGCUGAGAGCGCAGCGAGCUCGGGGUUAGAUCUUCAUGCUCUCCACAGAGAGGAGCUGGGGAAGCAGGCUCUGGGGUACGGGGUGGAGGAGGAGCAGGAGGAGCCGGGGAGGGAAACCCAGCACAGGGAUAAACCCAGAAUCCUCCUGAUGGGACUCAGGCGCAGCGGAAAGUCCUCCAUCCAGAAGGUGGUCUUCCACAAGAUGUCCCCUAACGAGACGCUGUUCCUGGAGAGCACGAGUAAGAUCUUCAAAGACGACAUCAGCAGCAACUCCUUUGUGAACUUUCAGAUCUGGGAUUUCCCGGGGCAGGUGGACUUCUUCGACUCUACGUUUGAGUACGAGUUGGUUUUCAGAGGCACCGGAGCGCUUGUCUUCGUCAUCGACGCACAGGACGAUUACAUGGAGGCUCUGAGACGGCUGCACCUCACCGUGUCCCGCGCCUACAGACUCAACCCCUACAUCAACUUCGAGGUGUUCGUGCACAAGGUGGACUGUCUCUCAGACGACCACAAGAUCGAGGCGCAGAGGGACAUCCACCAGCGAGCCGACGACAACCUGGCAGACGCCGGCCUCGACAGACUGCACCUCAGCUUUUACUUGACCAGCAUCUACGACCACUCGAUAUUUGAAGCGUUCAGUAAAGUGGUGCAGAAGCUCAUCCCUCAGCUGCCCGCACUGGAGAACCUCCUCAACCUCUUCAUAUCGAACUCUGGGAUCGAGAAGGCGUUUCUGUUUGACGUGCUCAGUAAGAUCUACGUGGCCACAGACAGCUCUCCCGUGGACAUGCAGUCGUACGAGCUGUGCUGCGACAUGAUUGAUGUGGUCAUGGACAUCUCCUACAUUUACGGGAUGAAGGAGGACGGCAGUGGUUCGGUAUAUGAUAAAGACUCUCUGGCCAUCAUUAAGCUGAACAACACCACUGUGCUCUACCUGAAGGAGGUCACCAAGUUCCUGGCACUGGUGUGUAUCCUGAGAGAGGAGAGCUUUGAGAAGAAAGGUCUGAUAGACUAUAAUUUCCACUGUCUGAGGAAGGCCAUUCACGAGGUGUUCGAGGUGAGGGUCGUCCAGAGGAGGGGCUCGGACCAUCUGCUCGACUCUCCUGGCGGCAGCAGCGGCGGCGCUGAAGCUUCGAUGUUCCACAGCACCACAGAAGCCUGGGGUGGCUUCACAGGGCGGGGCCUUCCUCAGGAGAGGCGGGGCUUCUAAACUGAGGCUGUGGGUGUGUCAGGGACUGGGAGCAGGGUUCAAGGGUGAACUCUGUAUAUGCACUGCUGCGUUUAACCGUGUGUGUGUGUACCGGGAUGUCUGUGAUUGGCUGAAACAUUCACAUCAGUCUUAAAGGAGAACUUUACCACGAUUGGAGUCAGUCCGCGUUUACACUGGAGCUUCGAGACGAAGGUAGCGAACAGUGAAGGGUUAAACGUUAUGCACCGUACACCAAGCGGGAAUACUUGUGGCGUGUUUUUUGAGAACCUUUUAAGAUGAACGGUUCCACUUGAACGCGCAGUGGAUGACCCGUCACGUUUACGGUUAACGAGCGUUUUUACACCACGCGGUAACCGUAACCUUUCACGCUCGCUUCGUCCAAUACCCAUGUGGGGUGUGAGGUGCGUUUCUGGACUCGCUGCUAAUCCGUUUACCCCAGCCAGACACGGGAACGACCAUUUCCUUUAAUAGACGUUUUCCGAAACGGAUCACGAUAUGAACAUACCUCUCUUCUCUCCGUUUUGCACCCUCAAGCUGAGAAACUUCUGGAAAUAUUUCUAUCCUGCAUCUGAGUUAAUGAGUGUUUGUUUUGUUUAAUAGAUUCACUUCACUUGCUGCUUGUUCAUUUUUUUUUUUCCGAUGAUGGCAGAAAUAUUUCCGGAAAUUUCUCUGUUUAAAAGUGUAGAUCGGGAGACAACGCUACAUUUCCGGUUUUCGUUUAUUAUUAGUGUUGCGUAAGUGUUUUUUAUUUAAAAUGAUUUGAUUAAAGCCUUGUUUACAUGUGCAGGUGUGUAUGAAAUAUCGCAAUAUUGUUGCACGAUAUAUCGUGCAGCCCUGCACUCUGGGUGAAACGCUGGAAACUUUAUAACGGACCAAUAUCGCACAUGUAGCACGUCUGCAGUUUAGUUUGGUGUCUGAUUUUC